CCCUGGCCUGCGCGCAUUACGUCACGUCUCCUUGUGUUUAUCGAGACGUGGAGUGCGGGGCGGCAGGAAGGUUUUUCUCCCUCAGUGUUUGAUUUUUACAACAUUUCUCACUCUUUUUGCCGUCUCUCUGCAUUUUUUGUGGAGGGCAUGCAGGAUUUUAUGGUCGGGCAAUGCAAACUAUACAGCACCAGAUGCUGUGGAUGUUGCCACGUCCGGACGGGGACUAUAAUCCUUGGAACAUGGUACAUGGUUGUCAACCUCCUGAUGGGAAUUCUGCUAACAGUUGCUGCGACCCAUCCAGGAAGUGUUCCCUCCGUCAAUUUGCAGUAUGCAGUUAUUGACCAUUACCUAACAUCUGAUCGGAUGUCAGGGAACGCCGGUGCUGGAUUGGCCAUUUCUCUGCUGAUGGUGACUGUGAGCGCCGUCUUGCUGUAUGGAGCCAUUACUCAUCGCAGCGGGCUGCUCAUCCCGUUCUUCUGCUACCAGAUGUUUGACUUUGCUCUCAGCUGCCUGGUGGCCUGCAGCUCUCUCACCUACCUGCCCAGGAUACAGGAGUACCUGGACCAACUGCCGGAUUUCCCCUACAAGGAUAACCUGUUGUCUCUGGACCCUCGGUUCCUGUUUUUCUUUGUAGUGGUCCUCUUUACCUUCCUCAUUGUCCUAAAGGCAUACUUGAUGAACUGCGUGUGGAACUGCUACAAGUACAUCAAAUACAGGGGCCAGCCGGAUAUCAGCGUCUUCCUCUCUUUUGAGAAUCAGCCCCAGGCCUCACCAGCAGGGGUCACAGCGACCCCACAAAAGUCAAACAAACGCACAGACCCUGACUUUAAUCUUGCUUCCUGUCUUGUCCAGUCCACCUUGCCCACCUAUGACAUGGCCAUGAACAUGCCCGCCAAAGACCCUCCCCCGCCUUACAUGCCUUCUUAAGGACCGGCCCCCACUGCGGACGCCUUCCCACGCCCGCCAAAUGCAUUUCUACAUUCCCUCACUUGUGCAUCCUCUCCAAGCGCCUUUUACCUACUGUAUAUAUUUUUGUGCAAAGACGGGAUCCGCGCGUGCAGCGAAGAAAUGACCCCGGUUAUUUUCUUCUGUUGAUGUUUUGAAAGAAACGCAGUCAACAAUCCAUCAGCAUCAUGACAAUCCACGGCAUUGUAACUUCAUUACUGACAUUGGAACACUUAGGAGACGCAGACGGCAGCAAUAUUUUUGUCUUAUUUAUUGAGCUUUGCUGCGGUUCUCUACUACUACUAGUUCCACUAUCACCAGCCCAGAUGUUUACAUCACACUCUGCUGCCAGCUUUGUACCAAGAAGGGAGGAAAAAGGGGGCAGGAAAGCUGCUUUUCCACCCGCCUGACACCAACUUGUGAAGAUUUGUAAGUUGCAUGCCCAACUCAACCUAACACAACUUUGGUUCCAUUUCAUAAACUUCAAUAAAAGGUUUGACAACAUCUAGAUCUUCAAUAAA